AUGUGUCGGCAUGGCGCGGCGGCAGGUGCAUCGGGAGCGGUAGACACCGCCGGCGACGCCAUCACGGCAGAGAGCGCGCCGAUUUUUGCUGAGCCCGCGGGUGACGAGCAGGGUCGCCGAAAACUCCAGACGACUAUAUCGGAUUGCCAUGACGCGAUUAGACGGAAUUGCGACGAGAAUCAAUUGCAAAAAAUUCGGCUUUUGAUCCACCAGCCGCGCGGGUCCGAUGUCAAGACUGGGAGCGUGUAA